UCCGUGUUUUGUGGCCGUUUGGUCGCCAGAUGGCGCAAGCGACCCGGGUUCCUCGGGAUUAGCGGCAGAUUGCGGCUUGCAUCACGUUUGCGUUCCGCCGUCAAGUGACUUCAAAGCUGCAAACCAUGAAAUGGCAUUCAAAGGCAACGCGGUGGAUUCGAAGACCGUGCUGCUCAACCUGCUGCUGUGCCUGCUCAUAUUUUACUCCCUUUUCUACAUGAUCGGGAGCGUGUGCUUCGGCGCUUUCAGGCUGGAUCAGUUUGACGGGCUGAUUCCAUUCGAUUUUAAAACCGAACCUGCCGAGUCUAACUCCAAGUACCUGGUCAACCUCCUCUCCUUGGAGCUGACCUACUUUUGUAGCGGCAUACUAUUUGCUGCAGUGGUGAAGAGGCGGGUUUGGGACUACGCCCUCACUGUCACACUUCUUCAUGUCAUGAUCACCAGCCUGGUGAUGUUGGAGUUUCCUACAGUUUGGCAGUGGUGGCUGGCUUUAGGUAAGCAAACAUCAAUGGCAGCCCGCCUUUUUGUCAUCAACAGUGAGUUUAUUCAUGAUUCAUGCUCUGUGUUGCUUUUUCCACAGUUAGCGGCUUGUUUUUGAUGAUUUGCAAUGGUCAGCUGAUUGCCUACUUCACAUGUCAGAGUGAGCAGAGCUACGCCACCUUCAGCUACUACUGACAAGCUGGAAAGGCAAAAAAUUAAUUUAAAUUAUUUUGUUAAAAGGUUAAACUUGUGUUCAUAUACAUUCACUACACACAGAGUGAUCUACUUAUUAGUGUUAAUUUUGAUGAUUAUGUUUUACAGUUAAUAAAAGCCCCAAAUUCAGUCUCUUAGAAAAUUCAAAUAAUGCAUAAAACCACUGAAAAUAAUUGUUAAAAUGUAAAAGACUGCUAGCAGACUCUCCAGUUUGGGGUAAGUCAACAAAGAUCUUCGCUAGAGAAGCUGACUCCCGACAAACUGUCGUGUCCAAGCAUGUCAAUGGAAAGUUUAGUGGAAAGAAAAUAGUAAUAGCUGCAAAAGGUGUGAUUACAGUGAAGUCAAGCGUCUAGUGGGAGAUUUACAAGAUUUGGACAGUAGUUGCAUUCAGAGCUUCAUGAACUUCCACAGACAGAAUAUGGGCUGCAACUGUCCUGUUCUCAUGUUAAGUCACCCCCAAACCAGAAACAACAGAAACCUCUGAACUGGGCCAAAGAGAAAACGCACUGGUUACUGACAUUAAAG